AUGCCAAAGCGCAACCAACUACAACUUAGAAGCGAAAAAGCAAACCAGAAGCGUCACUCGGCUGAAUAUGUGUCAUCUAGUAGCGAAUCUGAUGACGAUGUGUGGGAGGAAAACGAGGCAAUGGAAACUGAAGCGGAGGCUGUGCAAGAGAAUAAGGAACCGUUGAAUGUUACGAACGAAGUUUUCGUCAAUGAUAUCGGCGAUCUCUUUGGUAAGUAAUUUUUGUUGACAGAGAUUUCUCUUUAGUUUGUUUCAGUAACGUUUAUUUCGUUCAGAGUUGUGCAA